AUUUUCAGCCCGUCAGUCCAUUGCCUGCCAUCUUCUCGUGUAGGGGCCUGCCUGUCCUCCUCUUUCCCUCCCUGGGCUUCGUGCACGUACUCCCCCGGGCCGUGCUGCUCUCCACACACAAACCCCAGUGAAACCUUCCCUUCAGUACCCCGGGGUUGCCUGUGGGCGCUGUAAAAGACGAAAAAACCCGAGAAAGAGCACCAUAGACAGCCGCCCCUGAGCUGGGAGAAGGGGCGUUUUUGAGUGUAUAUUUUAAUUCAGCCCCCCAGGACACCCCUACAGCGUCACCAUGUCGGGGAAUAUGGGGAUGGAGCAGUUAAUCCCCAUAGUUAAUAAGUUACAAGAUGCCUUCACACAGCUGGGCGUCCACAUGCAGCUGGACUUGCCUCAAAUUGCUGUGGUAGGAGGGCAAAGUGCGGGGAAAUCUUCUGUGUUGGAGAACUUCGUCGGGAGAGAUUUCCUUCCCCGAGGCUCUGGCAUUGUCACAAGGAGGCCACUUAUUCUACAACUUAUAAACAACCCCCAUGAAUAUGGCGAAUUUCUGCACAAGAAGGGAGAGAAGUUUACAAAUUUUGACGAGAUCAGGAAAGAGAUUGAGGCGGACACGGACAGAGUCACCGGCCAGAACAAGGGCAUCUCAAACCUACCCAUCAACCUUAGGGUCUACUCUCCCAAUGUGCUCAACCUGACCCUGAUCGACUUGCCGGGGUUGACCAAGGUGCCUAUUGGAGACCAGCCAGCGGACAUAGAGAUGCAGAUCCGCAACAUGAUCAUGACUUACAUCACUAAAGACUCCUGCCUCAUCCUCGCUGUGUCCCCUGCCAACUCAGAUCUUGCUAACUCUGAUGCCUUGAAGCUCAGCAAGGAGGCCGACCCUGAUGGUUUGCGUACCAUCGGCGUGAUCACCAAGCUGGAUUUGAUGGACGAAGGCACAGAUGCUCGCGAUGUGCUGGAGAACAAACUGCUGCCGUUGCGUCGAGGAUACGUCGGUGUUGUCAAUAGGUCACAGAAGGACAUCGACGGCAAAAAAGAUAUCAAACAAGCCAUCGGAGCCGAACGUAAAUUUUUCCUGUCCCACCCUGCCUACCGUCACGUGGCAGAUCGCAUGGGGACACCUUACCUGCAGAGAGUCUUGAACCAGCAGCUGACCAACCACAUUAGAGAGACACUGCCCAGCCUGAGGGACAAGCUACAGAAACAGCUGCUGGCCAUGGAGAAGGAGGUUGACCAGUAUAAACACUUCCGACCAGAUGAUCCCUCUAUUAAAACGAAGGCUAUGUUGCAAAUGAUCCAACAGCUACAAAACGACAUAGAACGCUCCAUUGAAGGGUCUGGUUCUGCUCUCAUCAACACCAACGAACUCUCUGGAGGCGCAAAAAUCAACAGACUCUUUCACGAACGCUUCCCUUAUGAAAUUGUACGCAUGGAGUUUGACGAGAAGGAAUUACGUAGGGAGAUCGCCUUUGCCAUUCGUAACAUCCAUGGUAUCCGAGUGGGCUUGUUUACGCCUGACAUGGCCUUCGACGCAAUAGUGAAGGGACAGAUUGGACGCCUCAAGGAACCUUCUCUCAAGUGUGUCGAUCUGGUGGUGCAGGAGCUGACCAAUGUUGUGAGGGCCUGUACGCAGAAGAUGUCUCGCUACCCACGGCUGCAGGAGGAGACGGAACGCAUCAUCACCAAUCACAUCCGAGAGAGGGAACAGAUCGUCAAGGAGAACAUUUUGCUGCUCAACGAUUGCGAACUGGCUUACAUGAACACCAACCACGAGGACUUCAUAGGAUUUGCCAAUGCUAACAUCGAGAAUCCUUUGUUUAUGCGCACCACCACCAGGGUCUCGUGCUUGCCAGAGGCGCAGAACCAAACAGUGAGUGCCCAGCAGACCAGCGAAAAUACAGCCAAGUCGGGCCGUAAACUGGGCAACCAAGUGAUUCGCAAAGGCUACAUGUCCAUUUCCAACCUUGGCUUCAUGAAGGGAGGGUCUCGGGACUACUGGUUUGUCCUCACCUCUGAGUCACUCUCCUGGUUCAAGGAUGAGGAAGAGAGAGACAAGAAGUACAUGCUAAUGCUGGAUGGACUGAAGAUCAAGGACAUCGAGCAGGGCUUCAUGUCACGGCGCCAUGUUUUUGCUCUCUACAAUCCUGACCAAAAGAAUGUAUACAAGGACUACAAGGAACUGCAGCUUGGCGUGGAGACCCAGGACGACAUGGACUCCUGGAAAGCGUCCUUCCUACGAGCUGGAGUGUAUCCUGAGAAGGUGUCGGACAGUAGCAAUGGAGAAGAGGGCGCCAGUGAGGGCUCCACCUCGAUGGACCCACAACUGGAGCGGCAGGUGGAGACAAUCCGUAACCUGGUGGACUCGUACAUGAAGAUUGUGACCAAGACGACUCGCGACCUGGUGCCCAAAGCCAUCAUGCUGCUCAUGAUCAACAACACCAAGGACUUCAUCAUGGGGGAGCUGCUGGCACAUCUCUAUGCUUCAGGGUCCCAGAAUGCCAUGAUGGAGGAGAGUCCCGAGGAGGCCCGCAAGAGGGAGGAGAUGUUGCGAAUGUACCACGCAUGCAAGGAAGCACUCAAGAUCAUCGGGGACGUCGCCAUGGCAACCGUCUCCACCCCUGUGCCUCCACCAAUUAGAGACGAGUGGCUUUCUACUGGCCAAGACCAAUCCAGGAUUGGACAGAGUGGCCCCCCCUCCCCCGGUGGCAAUAUGAAGAGACCUAACCCACCCCCCAGCCACCCCCAGAGAGUGCCACCCCCUGUCCCUGGUGGUGGCGGCCGCCCUGCCCCCGCCGUGCCAUCCCGCCCCACUCCCGCCCCCCCAAGUCGCCAGGGGAACAGUGGGGUGCUGCCUCCUCCUCUCGUGCCAUCCCGCCCUGGGAGUGGUCCAGGGAUAGGGGGCAACCCACCUCUCCCCCAGAGGGUCCAGCAGGCCGCCAUGAACGCCGCUGCGGGGGCUGCCGUGAAUGCCGCAACCAGCGAACUCAUGUCCUCUUUUGGAUUCAAGAAAUAAAUCAACUUGUCUGUCUGUCUGUGUGUGUGUGUGUGUGUGUGUGUGUGUGUUUGUCCGUCUGCUUCUGUCUGUCUGUCUGUCUGGCUGGCUGGCUGGCUGGCUGGCUGGCUGGAGAAGAGGGACGGAGAAAGGAAAACUUGUAUUUGUUGCUGGAUUGGUGACAAAAAUCCAGUGUGUUUGUUAGUUUGACUGACUGACUGACUGGAGUGUUGGUCAGUUAGUGAAUGGCUGCCUGGCUGACUGGCUGGUUGACCGACUACUUGAGUGGGUCAGUUAGUUUGUCAGUUAGCUUGCUGACUGACUUACAGACUGGUUGAGUGAGUGUUACGCCUCAGAUAACAACACCUGUCAUUAUUAUUGUUAUUAUUAUUAUUAUUAUUAUUAUUGUGUUGCUAGGUUAGGUAUUGCUGAUUGUCGACGUAGUUAUUGUAAUGUGUUUGUUCUGGAAAGCUUGAUUGAUUUCACAUUGCAUCAACUUUUUCCAAAUUUGAUGUAACUGAGAGCAAAGAUUGUGUGUAUUAUUUAAAAUGUGAUUCUCUUGUGUUUAGGGAGGCAGUUUGAAGUGAGCUAUGCACCACCACACUCUUGACUGUUGGUGAAGGAAGUGAUGGCAAGAUGCAUAAUAUAUCUAAAUUUAUUCCACAUUUAGAAACCAAUUUGACGUGAUAAAUAUACACCACAGAUUCAUGACUGCCAGUGAAGGAAUGAUGGCAGACUCGUGGAUUAAUUUGUUGUCUUGCAUUGAUAUUGUGAAGUACGUUUUAUAAUUUGUGAUAGUGAGAUGUGAUAAAAACAGCCAGACACAUUCCUCUGCAACAUACCACACACCUGCAUAUGAGUAAGAUUUGUCGUACGUAAUCAAGAUGUGAUACGUAAAGAAAGUGAAGGAUUUGUGAUUUUGACAAGUGAAAAAAGACAAAACAUUCCAAAUACAGCUGUUAUCCUUACUGCCUUCAUGACACAUUACUCCAGCUGUGUACGUCAAAAAUUUAUGUAGUACGUAAACAAAAUUAAGGAUUCGCAAAAUUGACUAGUGCUACAGACAGUCAGACAUUCCAAAUACAGCCAUGAUAAAUCUUACGGCAACUAUAUACAUCCCAAAUGAGUAUAAUGCUAAAACAAAAUUAGAUUCGUAAUAUUGACUUCAAACAGGCACAUUCCAAAAUACAGCCAUCAUUACUUUCACUGCACUAAAUCUUACGUUAACAAUAUAUGUAAUGAAAUUAAUGCAGGUAAUAAUGAAAUAGACAGUAAAUAUCAAGAGAUGGCUCAGACAAACAGACAGACACAAUCCCAGCAUUUUCUGCCAUCAUUGCCUUCCUAAUUAACGCUUCAUACCAAAGGAUUUCGUUAUGCUUCCGUGUUCAGUUAGGUUAGGUUCACUUGGCUAAGGCGAUGCAGUUUAGUUUGGUUAGGUUAGGUGAGGUUAUGUUCAGUCACUCACAAACCUGACCUAAGUUAUUUCCUGUUUUUUUUAAGUUGUCAAACCUUAUCAAGCUAGUUUUGUUAGUUUAGGUUAAUUUGUUUAAGGUGAAGCAGUUUUUUGGUAAGGUUAAGGUUGGGUUCAGUCAUUCACAGCUGUUUUAUGUUUCUUUAAGUUAUCAAACCCAUUUAAGCUAGUUUGGUUAGGUUAGGUUGAGUUUGCUAAGCUGACGCAAACUAAAAGCUGUGUUCUAUUUCAUUAAGUUGUCAUGUCUGUUCAAGCUAGUUUCGUUAAGUUAAUAUUAGGUUAAGUUGAGUAGUUGAGUUUUCUAUGCUCAUUAAACCAAGCCAGUUUCAUCAGGUCUAAUUUGCUAACCUAACCUAACCAAGCUACAGUAAAAUAGUUUCAUUCAUAGCCUCAGUAAUCAACCAGGCCAGCCGUGCCUCAAUGCUCUCUACAAAAGAGUUACUAUAGGGUCAUUCAAGUUCCCCAACCUAACCUAACCUAACCUAAUCCAGUAUAGAAUAAUUUGACGUAACCUACCUUUAGCUACAAUUUAUUCCGUGAUGUUAAGUUACACUGCACUUGUUUCUAUGUUAGUCGUGUACAAUGUCUUUUUUUCCCCAAACCUAACCUAAUAGAAUAAUGUGACGUAACCUACCUUAAGUUACAAUUUAUUCCAUGAUGUUAAGUUACAUUGCACUUGUUUCUACGUUAGUCUUUUGUACAACAUCUUCUUUUUCUGAGCUUUAUUUAUUGACGCAUUGCAAUACUGACGUACAUACCGGGCAUGUUAAAAAAAAAAAAGCGGCAUUACUGUUUACGUAGUGUGAGUUCGGAUCUCCUUCGUAAUACUGGCAAAACUAAUCACGCAUUCUCAAACUUUUCACUAUUCUUCGCAAUUUUAGUUCCUCACACAGAGUUAUUUAGGUUCCCAAGAGCAUUUUAGUGAUUUUGUAGUUUGACAAGCACCAGUGGAUGUGUUGUAACCUUAAUAAUCUUGAUCUUGAAAGCUGGUCAGAAAAACAAAAAGGACAAAUUUGAUGCAUUCAUGUUUGAGGUAAAUACAGAGAGAGAGAGAGAGAGAGAGAGUGAUUGUGUGUGUGUGUGUGUGUGUGUGUGUGUGUGUGUGUUCAAAAGCUAAACAGGAUGUCAUGAUAGAAGCCAAAAUACACUCUGAAAUCCGUCAGUCAGUCCGUUGUUGGCAAGAAUUCAGUUUGGGCAUGCUAGGUCAGUCAGUCAGGCAAGAAUAUGUCAUGUACAGUCAGUUAAUCAGUUAGUGGGAAAAUACAGGAUGGGCACCAGUCAGUCAGUCAGUCGUACAGUCAGUCAGUCAGUCAUUGCUAGACACAACCAAGCAACACACAACAAGACAGAGAAGAUGUAUGAAACGUGAAAGCAUAAUUUUCGUUUUUACAAUCGUUCCCGUCACAAGAACUAUGUAACAAACACACACACACACAAAGAUGCAAAGUGUAAGGAAGGUAAAUGUUUCAACUGUGACAAAUUUGACCAAAAAAAAAAAACAUAUUACACACAAAACAAAGAAAAAAUUAAGCAGACAAGAAUUUUUGAUGUUGAAGCUUCACAAAAUCGUUUCUCGACAAAAUUUAAGCUUAGAUUUUUUGGACGUAAAACUUGACAAAAUCAUUUCUCUUCCACCUCCUCAUUGUUUUUCUCGACAUACGGAGGAAAGCAAACCACAGCAGUGCAUAUCUCUGGGGUAUUCACUUGUACAUACAUAUAAUAGUAAUACUAGUAAUGAUAACCCACUAAUAGUAAUAAUAAUAAUAAUGAUAGUAAUAAUAAUAAUAAUAUCAGAGUACAUAUAUAUAUUAUAUAUAAUAAUGAAGAAAAACUGAUAUAUUAUGUUGAUACAAUGACAUGUUUGUAAAUUGAUCUUUUACGUCUUAUUGUGUACAUUGUUUGGAGGAUGUAAACAGACAAGUGUGUGUGUGUGUGUGUGUGUGUGUGUGUGUGUGUGUGUGUGUGUGUGUGUUGGACGCUUCAUUCAUCUAUCAGUUACACGCUUAAGUUCAUUUUACCAAAGAACGUAAUGGUGUCAUUGCAACUAUUACUACUAUCACUAUUACUGGUUGCUCUUGUCUGUCUGUCUGUCAUUAGCCUGUGCUUUUAAACCUUCCAGCACCUCAUCUCUCUCACAUAGUGGGCCACAGAGGAGCCUGGCAUGGUUUGCGGGGGUGUUUGUGACUAGCAAUAGCAAAGCAAGGAUACUGCACACUCAAAACACCCUUGAAAACUUUACCAAUCUUCUCUGUGGCCUUAGAAGACAGUCCUGCUGAGAGAAAGCUUUUAAGAAUACAGGCCUUUUGUGUGUGUGUGUGUGUGUGUGUGUGUGUGUGUGUGUGUGAAGGCACUUGUGUUUACGUUGGUGUUUUCAUAUCAGUGGAUGUUGAGCGUUUCAGAGUUUAUUACUACGCACUCUUUUCACUGUUGCCAUCUUGUGUUGCUGCCUGGGAUGGUGUUGUUGUCAGUGUGAGGGUAACCUAACCUAACCUAACCUAGGAACAUGUAUGAAGGGAAACCUAACCUAAUAUUACCUAGGAUUACGUGACAGAAUAUAAGGAUCAGGGGUCACUGUAUACUGGAUGAUGACUGUGUGAGCGUAACCUAACCUAACGUGACCUAGGAGUGUGUGUAAAGAUGGAUCUAACCAAGCUUGACCUAAGACCCUGAAGAUGGAUCGGCGGUUACUGAAUGAUGCUAGAAUGACGAUAUUACCUAAUGUGACCUAGAAAUGUGAGGGUAUGUUAGGGGGUCACUACUGAGGAUAACCUAACCUAACGACCUAGAAUUAAUGGUCAGUUGAGUAAUUCUUCACCGGAUGACGUUCUUAGAGUGGAUCUAACCUAAUCUAAUUGUAAGCGUUGGGCGAUCAAUGUUGCUUAAGAAUAAAUGGCAUAUGACUUGACAAAUGCUGUAGAAAUUAGACUUGAUCAACGUAGCAUAUUGGCCAGUUAGAUUGAGAUUAAUGUGUUGAAGAUGUCGAGCAAGGCAUUGAGGAAGAAAAGGAUGUUACGUAGUGUGAAUGAGACGUCAAGGAAGACACAGAUAAUAUUACAUAGUGUCAUAGAUUCAAGUUCAUGUGUUGAGAUAUAGAGUAAGUCGUUAAGGAAGACUGAAGGAUGUUACGUAGUGUGAAUGAGACAAAGCAAGACACAGAUAAUAUUACAUAGUGUCUUAGAUUCAAGUUCAUGUGUUGAGGAGAUAUAGAGUAAGUCGUUUAGGAAAACAGAAGGAUGUUACGUAGUGUGAAUGAGACAAAGCAAGACAGAAUUUUAGUGUCAGGUGUAAGAAAAGACGGAUGUUGUUACGUAGUGAGACGUAAAGCAAGACAUAAUAGUGUCAGGCAUAAAAGAAAGACAAUGAUCUUGUGUAUGGAGUGAGGCAUAAAGAAAGACACAGAAGGGAUAAUAUUACGUAGUGGUGCUUGUAGUUGUUGUGUUUGUCUGUCUCACACAGUGUUUGUUAUUCCUCUCACCACUACAUACAUGGUAACCUAACGUAACCUAACCUAACAUUUCUAACUGUACAUUGACGCUCUCCCCACCCUCACACACCCUCAGUCUCUCUCUCCCUAACUAUUCAAGUGACCUAGAGAGAAGCAGGCAAUUGUUAUGAUGCUUUGCCACAUGUAAGUCGCUGUUUGGACCCUUGCCUUCAUACACGCUUGCUAUACUCUAUGCAGAAAACAAAAGAGAAUGUAUGUUUAUUGAAGUUUGAUAUGAUGACUUUUAUUUAAGUUUGCACCGAGAUAAGAUGAAAAACUAAGCAAAUGUAGGUUUCUGAAGUUGCGUAAAGAGUUAUGAGAUUUUGAAGUUUAAAGAGCAAAAAGUAUAAAAAAUGAAUCUGAAUAAUUAGUAAAACACUGGACAAAAGUAAAAUAUUUGAAAUUUGAAGGGGAAAAUAAAAUGAAUAAAGGAAACCUGCAUGAAAUUGGACUAGAAAGGCCUUGAACAAUAUAAGAAAACACAAAUAAGAUAAGAAAAAAUAAUGUAUAAAAAUGACAAAGCAAAUUAUUUAAAGUAGGUAUUUAACGUAAUCCCAAAAAGGGCGACUUGGAUGUGGUAAAGUCUGGUAAAUGCAAUAAUAUAUAAGACUGUGUGUGUGUAUGUACGUAGUGUCUAGCUCAUGUCACGUAUACAAGCGUCCCUGUGCGUGUGUGUGGAUGUGUGGGUGAGUGUAUGUGUGUGGGUGUAAAUCAUUCAUUCCAACUCUUACUGUUCUUGUUGUUGAUUCCAAAGUUGUUAAGUAUAGUCGUUUAAACCAGUGGAAGUUAAUUGUAGACGUAAAACAAUACAAGGAAGUGUGUAUUACCAAAAGAGGCUUGUAGAAUGAUGGGGGUGUGUGUAGGGAUGAACAACGUAGAAUAGGUAGGUACGUGGCAGUGCAUUACGUAGUGUCUCCAAGCAACAUGUAGAGAGAAGGUUUUACGUUGUAGUCAAUGCGACGUAGUGUGUGGCGUGACGCACUUUGCAGGAAAAAAUAAUGUGUAAUUCGAUAGUUAAGCAUUAAAUUGAAAUGGCAGAAACACAUUGUCAUAAUUGUAAUGUUAAUGAUAAAGUUUCAUCAUACUUGAUAAGGAAGUCAGUAAAAAUUGGCCUUAAAAAUGCUGCAAAUUUUUGGCGUUAUAGAUACAAAAAAUUUGCCUUCAAUAUAAAAACAUCAAAAUUUUACUGAACUUUGGUUAAAACAUUAGAAAGACAUAAGAAUGAAAUGGUGCAGUGUUUAUCUCAAACACGAAAGGAGAGGGAAGCAAACGAGGGACUUGCCAGCCAAACGGGAGAGACAUACUUGAUUUAUCGGGGGUCAUCCGAGUGUUUGUUUGUCGUGUCAGUCCAACAGAGAAGCAGUAAUCUUGACCUUUACUCUUCCAAUGGCAAUCUUAAUCUUGGUCUUUAUUCUUGCUGUUUUGCCCGACAUAAUAAAUAAAUAGAAUAAAUCGCAGUCUUCACACAGUUUUGUGGGUUUCUGUCUCGGUUCAUGGCAAAAAACAAAUACAAUAAGUGCUGACCUUAAAUAAAUAAACAACUUUGGUCUCUGUUGUUCCUGAAAAAAGAAGGAUAAACAGUAACAAUCUUGAUCUUGGUCUUGGUCUGAGUAUUUACCGCCAAAAACAAAAACACUAAUCCUCAUCUCAAUCAACAAUAUCUUCCUCGGUCUCAGUCUCAGUUCUUCCCGUCAAAACGAAAGAAACCAAUAACAAUCUUGAUCUUGGUCUUGAUCUGGUCUCGCCAAAAGGAAAAAAAUCGAUCUUGACCUUGAUCUUGCUACUUCCUACCUCAAGGAAGCAGCAAUGUGUACAUAUAACAUAUAUUGGUAUGUGCUUGUCUGUUUUAUGAGUGUGUGUGUGUACAAAUGAAGCACACUCUUGUACACACACACGCCAAGAAAAGUUUAUUUAUACAUGCAUAUAUAUGUGUAUGUAUAUGUAUGUAUGUAUGUAUAUUUUACAGUAGAGAUGUAGAGAUGAUCUGUGGGUAAUAUGGGUGUGAGUUACCCAUUCAUUUCUCCCUGUUAUUACCUGCCUGUGUACAAUAAAGGUGUAAUGUUA